UUCACAUUUAUGUUACACCAUUUGUUGAAUUUGUGUGUGUAUAAACAGGCAGUCCCAUACACAGCUGGCACGCACCACGCAUAUACGCAGUAAAUCGUAGAUGUAAAGGUAUGAACGCCUACGUACAGUGCAAAACAACAGCACAUAGAAAUAGAACAAACUGGCAUAUAUUCACUGAUUGUGAUUAUGAAAACCAGCGUAUCCCCAAUGAGAUUUUUUUAUUUAUCCUUAUUUUUAUCAUUGUUAUUUCUAUUUUUUUUUUUUUUUUUUUUUUUUUUGAUCGCGUUACAUAUCUUUACGUUCUUUCACACACAUGCAUUUAUUUCCCCAGUUUAGAAUAAUCGGUUAUUAGGACUCGCAGCGAUUCCCAAAAGAAAUAGGAAAUGAGCAACGUCGGCUUCCUACGGAGAAGGCAUCCGCUGCCGACCGAAUCAGUAUCGUGUGUGCUGUGGUCGGGAGAAGGUGUGCGUUGCUCGCGGUCCGGCGGUCGUAGCUGGGGCAGCUUGUUGUUAAUUGCGUAUCAGUGAAAUUCCAAAACUGACUCUCAGAGAAAGGACACACAUCCGCUGUGACAUUUUCAAGGCAAGAAGGACCAAACAACAGACCAAAAAAAAUAGAUACGUAAAUAAACUAUAACAAAACGAUUGGCGACGAAGAGUCCACUGGACAUGGCGACGGCGUGAAGGGACAGUAACGCCAACAAACCUCAGUAACAGGGACACGAGAAGCCUCCUCCAGCAGCAGCGUCGGGUCUUGCGUUGUAGAGCUCUCCUCCUCCACCUAAGCUGCCGCCACUGGAGAGGGGGAAGUCCGCCCUGAAGAGGCUGCCUCUCGCUGGCUCUCGCGCUUUCCCGCUGUCUCUCGCGGACGACAAACACUCGACGCUCUGAUCCUCGGCCGCGGGAGGAGGUCGCGAAGGGAUGACGAUGGAGAAGGCGGUCCUCGUUGUCGUCUUGACGCUCAUGGUGCUGGCGCCGCAAGGACUCUCCAAGGGCUACGUUGAAUACGAGGAGGACUACUACUACGAGGCGGAGGGCGGGGACUACGAGCCGCCGACGUUCACGGCGCGCCCGCAGGCCUUCACGGUCGAGGUGGGCCAGUCGGUCAUCAUCCCCUGCGACGUCGACAACAUGGGCUCGUUCAAGCUCCUGAUCAAGAAGGUCCCGGCCAACGGCGGCGCCGAGAAGCUGUUGUUCGCCGGCCGCGAGAAGAUCACCCGCGACCGGCGCUUCAGCAUGGACGGCUCGCGCGUCACCAUCUCGAACGCGCGCCCCAAGGACGCCGGGACCUACUACUGCAUGUUCGGCCUGCAGCCGCCCGUCGUCCUGCGCCACACCAUCGACGUGCAGUACGCGCCCACCGUGCGGGCCAUGGGGCGCCCCGAGCAGCACAUCCCGCGCGGCGACAGCGUGACCCUCGAGUGCCAGGCGGAGGGCAACCCCGAGCCCAUCAUCCGCUGGUCGCGCCAGGAGGGGCCGCUGCCCUCGGGCAAGCGCAGCGAGGAGGCUCAGAGUCUGACCCUGGAGGGCGUCGACCGCCACGUCGAGGGCACGUACCUGUGCACGGCCGACAACGGGAUCGGUGAGGCUGCGGUGGCGGCCAUGAGCAUCAUCGUCGAGUACCCGCCGGAGAUCACCACCGAGAAGGCAAGGAUUUUUGUCAUUGUUUUGGAGGCUGUGGAAUUCCCUGUCCGUCUGCCCGAUUCGGCCAUCGUGCGCACCGGCGAGGGCGACCAGGUGGAGCUCGUGUGCCUCGUGCGCGGCCGCCCCGUGCCCGAGGUGGUGUGGACGCGCGACGGCCUCCCCAUCCCCAACACGGACAUGAUGGACACCAAGCUCCACCACCAGCAGCAGACUCAGCACCAACAGCAGGACCACAACUCCCACAUGGUGCACAGCCACUCGGCCCAUCGCCACACGCUCACCAUCAAACACGUCACUGAAAAGGACUUCGGGGCCUACAUGUGCAUCGCCAAGAACAGCCACGGACAGAAGGACGCAACCAUACAGAUGACAGGUCUCCCGAAGCCCCCCCACCUGACCAGCAGCCCCAACGGCGGCGAGAGCGACACCUACACCCUCACGUGGGAGACGGAGAGCUACUACCCCAUCACUGAGUUCCUCGUCAAGUACCGCAAGACACAGCUGGGGACGUGGCAGACCAACCACACGAUGGUGAUGGGCGGGUCGUGGCAGAGCAUCUCGGAGGCGGUCGACCCUGACGCAGAGCUCAACGAGGACACGCGGCACUCGAUGGCCUACACGCUCAAAGACCUGGAGGUGGCCACCGACUACGCCGCGCAGGUCCGCGUCAGAAACAAGUACGGCUGGUCCUCCGAGAGCGAGACUUUCACCUUCUCCACCAAAAAGGCCCUGGCGGUGCUGCAGUCGACAAGCACGGGCGGCGGGGCGAGAGGUCGGUCCGCCCUCGCCGCCGUCACCCUCCUGCUGGCUGCCCUCGCGGCGCUGAUGUAGGUUCGCCCUGAGGCCCGUCGCGCCAGAAGCCCCGUUGCACCACGCUUACAAAGGAACUUUCUGACUUACCCUGGCGCUCACACACUUACAUUGAAGCUGAUCAACUUGCAUUGGGUAUUACACACUUAAAUUGAAACUUUCACAAUUACAUUCCUAAACUUCUACUCUGGUAUACAGGCUUCUUUUUUAACAAUAGGUACGUGAGUCUCUGCAUACACUUUGUAUACACUUUCAGUGCUAAAAUGGACGCUUACAUUCACCUGUGUAAGUUUUGUGUAACUGCAUGUAGAAAUCCAGUAAGAUUAUAGGAGUUUACAAGUACAUUUUUGAAAUGACUGUAGGCUGUAACAUGUAGCAAAUACAUUAUACACAUUUUAUAAAGUUUAAAAAGAACAGAAAAAUACACAAGACAAAUUGAUAAUGGAAAAGAAAAGUUGAAGAAAGUUUCCCUCGUUCUUGAUAUGCGACCAGUCUCGCCGAUGUGCAGGUAUAUUUUAUAAGAUCCUGGGCAACUCCUGGAGACAAACAGACGAACGAAAAGAAAUAUCCGAAUAUUGACAUCGGAUUGACCAAAGAUCCUUUCGUGCCCUUCACUCUCAACUUUGGUCAUUCUUCAGGGCGCUAAUGGGUCUUUUCUCUUAAGUUUAAGAGAGGUCACGCACUGUGCCUUGUGCGCGGCCGUAACCUUCUAGUCAGAAACUUGUGCAUUUGCUACGUGUGUUCGGAUGCGCACGCUCCCACAAGAACGUUUCUCAAGAGGCCGCUGUAUGUCGA